AUGAACCUGAUCAUUUUACUGGUUUUGCUUCUCAGUGGCAUCUACUGCCUUGAGGGGAUGACGUUUAGUCCUUACUACGAUGACGAUGCCUCUCAGCUUCAGCCACCUGAUCCGUGGAUACAAACUCCAUCGUAUGCCCCCACCCCUGGUGACUUCGGUAGAGAUCGUACGCCAUCCGUAUUUUGCCCAUCACCUGAACAUGUACUUGAUGAACCUUAUACUCCCUUGCAUCAAUCCCAGCCCAAUCAUCUGGGUUUCUUCCAGGAGCCCGAAGAAAGGACUACGAGGCAACAUAGAGGAAAGCCUUGUAUUCAUUAUACUAUUGAGUGGAAGGUAACUCUGAACAACCGAACUGUGUCAAAGGACACUGAACAGGACUUGGCUGUAGCACCCAGUUCACACUGGGCGAAGAUAACACAGGAUGCUGAAAAUGUUAUGCGUCGAAAAAUACGUCACAACCAACGUGUGAGAUCAGAUGAUACUACAGUCAGAGUAUCUGUAAACGAACGUGGACAAUCUGAUCUGAACAAACGUUUUGACGGCACUAAUAUUGAUUGGAAACCUAUAGAGAAACAGCUCUUAAUGUGGGGAAAUCUGUUUCAUAUUGGCAAGAAGCUCAAACUUUUUAUAUCCAUAAACUAUAUAGAGGACAGUGGCCCUCCUCUUUCACGGAAUACAGAUAAGAGAGGAAAGUCAUCAGUAACUAGGAGAAUGCUUACAGAACGAGACGCCCAGAUCGAUGCUGAACAGGCUUCUGGACAACGUCCAUAUUGGCGGGAAGUGUAUCAAACGAUGCGUUGUCCUGGGCCACCCUGCCGCCAUGAAGGGCAGUAUUGCUGGCUGGACCCUGUUGGAAAGAAGCAUUACAAACUUAGAACGCACCAUCUGAGGAGACUUGUCAAAUACGUUGAGGGUGGAGGCAUCUUGGAUACGCAUGAUGAUAUUCCUGACGAUGUCCGUGAACAACUCUAUGCAGAGGAGGCACUGCGGCUUGAAAAACAAAAGAACCCGAAGCAUUCCGCAAGUGGAUCAAUUUGUCCACCAAUCAAUAUCAAUGUCCUCCCCGCGCAGUCAUCGCAAAGCCUAACAGACAGAUCUGUUACGGCUGAGCAGUCAAGCUCAAGUCCCAACUGUAUUGACUCUGUUGAUAUUCCUGGGUUCUUAGAUGAUGCAGUGGAGGAAUAUGCCAAUUGGCACUUGUCGCGUGUUGGCCGUGAGAUUUAUAGAGACCAUAUUAAAAAAGCACGUGAUGUGGCGUUGGAAAAUGGAUUAGACCUUCAACAGGUUUCGAAGGAAGACCCAGACUUCUUCGUCAAGCAAGGGGUGAUAAUUGGUGUCGCACGCCGGUUCGUUAGCGACAUUAGAGAUUGGGCCAACCAAUACAGACAUGACUGA